AUGGACAAAAAGUAUGUUGGUCUAAACACGGAGCCUAACCAAACAUGUGGCACCGCUAGCGUCAUUAGAAACAGUUGCAAAACUGGCAGUUGUUUACAGCUGCAGUUGCCAAGAGAUUUACAAUCCCGAGUUCAACAAAUUGUGACGCCUUUACAUCUCCAGCUGAACCAUCGCAUGAAAAUGUUGCUAUCAGAAAUGGCUGACAAAGUACCCGGAUACUACGAUUUAAUUAUAGUUUCUGCAGUCUCGUCCAGUCAUUUUGAGGAAGGCCAAGCAAUGCUCUAUAAUAUUCACAAGCAUCUGUUUCCACAUUUACGCAAUUUUACAUUUGUAUAUUAUAAUUUGGGGCUUUCGGCAGAGCAGCGCAAUAUCUUGUCCAAAAUAUGCAGAUGCCAUCUUAUUGACUUUCCCUUCGAACUUUUCCCGGAGUUUGUCAGGUUCCGGAAAUGUUACACCUGGAAACCUUUAAUUGUAAGUGCUCAUAUUUCUAGAAGUAAUCUUCUUGUUUGGAUCGACGCUUCAGUCAGAUUUAAUUCGGAAUUUAACAAAUUUACGGAACUUCUUAACCGAGCACGUAGUCGAGGAAUGCAAGUGUUUUUGAAUAAACAAACCAUCGCUCAUGCUACACUGCCAAGUAUGUUCCACUUCUUCGGGGAUGAGGCUUGUGUGUAUGUGAACUCUUCUGUCACUGUGGCUACUGUUUUAGUUUUCCACAACAACUUGGUUGUGCGAAGGGCGAUUGUGGAACCCUGGGCUGCCUGCGCCAUUAGCAGACGGUGUAUGUGUCCUAGAGGAGUGGACCUUUUCCAAAUUAGAAUAUCCUGUCAUUUGGAGACGGGUGAGUAUGGUACCUGCCAUCGCUUUGACCAGUCGGCGAUUAGUAUUAUACUUGCAAAGAUGUAUCAGGAUGGACUCGACUAUAUAGUGGCGCCCAUGAAGGAUUAUCUUGAUAUGAAAAGGGGUGACAAAAUGAAGUAUCCGUUUGUAAAUAUUACAAAAGUGAUUUAA